GCAAGUAUGAACAUAGUGGAGAAUAGGUCAACGAUAGCGAACGCUAGCGUCACCGCUAAACAGCGUUUAUGCAUAUUUCGCUAUUUAGAUUACAAUUGAUUACAACCGAUUAUGCGCUGCAAGAUUGCGUGCAAAUUGAUUUCGUAAAAGUGAACACAACAUAUAUAUUAGGAAAAAAUAUGUAGUGCGUUCUCAAUGAAGCUCCCGAUAGAGACUCUUACGGGAAAUAAUCACGAGAUUCGUGUUUAUUGUAAACGUAUUGCGGAAUUGACUGCCUUACAAGGAACGUACACAGAAUCAUUUUCUACUUUUUGUGGAUAUUGUACAUUUCAUUAGACAAAUUCUCAAAACUUUUUCGACUGACUGAUGUGAGAAGCAUCUGAUGCUAAAAAGUGUUGGUGAUAAAACACUGCCAGUGGAUCAGUGUAUUUCGUAAAGAUUUCAAAAGUGUUUCUAUCCAAUUAAGAGACUGUCAAGGAUUUUUAAAUGAUGAUGAUAUAUUUUUAACUUGAAGUAUUCUAUAAAUGCGACGAAGAAUCGUCCUGCGAGUACUUAAUGCAAAUGUGGGCAAAAAGAAGCGUCACGUAGCAAUUCGAUUUUCUGAUGGCAUCAAGCAUGUGAUACAUUAUAUCGAUUUGUGUGCGACGAAUAUAUAUAUUAAAAAUGAUACGCGUGGCAAUCGAGAUUUUUAUUCUGCUUCUCGUCAACGUGUUCGCAUAUCAACAUACCACAGUGGACCAAUGCGACUGGUCUGGAAGUGGAGGAGGAGAAGGCGGUGGUGUACGGCCGGUGUAUCUACGCUGUGCUCGAGGAACAGUAUUAUGGCAUUAUCCUCAUGAUGCUUUGAGAGUGGUCCUCUCAUUUCCAGCCUCGUCUACGGCAAACCCUUCUCCCGACUACUCUAGCCUAGGUUUCCGUGUUUGUGUCAAGAUUUCUGGGCUUGCACGAGUGUUCCUGGAAACUGGUAGCAAGUUGAGGCAACUCUACUCUCCGUCUGACGGCAAACACGAAUCCUCACACAGAUGCUUUCGAUCGCGGAAACAUAUCGUCGCACUUUAUAUGGAAGCAGAAGACGAUUAUUCUUUUAAAAAUGCCAAGGUCAAACUCCAGUACGAUCUGGAGUCAAACUCGUUGAAAGGGAAUAUGUUGCAUAUCACGGACGAAGAAGAGGAUUGCAGACCCUGUUCCAUGGAGGAACUCGCUAAGGCUUAUUGCCAGAGUGACUUUGUUGCCAGGGGCACGGUCACGGCCGUUCAGCAACAGCCUGAAUUAAAUGCUGCUGAAUUACUGCUUAGAGUCACCAAGAUUCUGCGAGUAAUCCAGGAGGCUGAGCAGAGUAACGAAAGCGUCGACACAAUCAUGUCUUUCAAGAAGAACGUACGCGUGAGAGUGGCACUGGCAUGCGACGCGCGACACGGUCUUGGCGAAUUUGUUAUAAUGGCCAAACGACGUCUCGGUGAUCUCAUUCUGGUGUGCGCACCGAGACUGGAGGUGUGGGCGCAAGCCGUACAAGAAAUGGACGCCGCGCCCUGCGUCCUCAACAGCUAGCCGAUGCGAUUUAAAAUGAUUUUCUUUGGAAAGUAAAAAACUGGUGGGAAAACAACAGGUAUGAGCAGUGGCAAAUUGAUUUUGAGAGAAAGGUUUGAAACUAAUGUUUCCAAAGGGCCCUCUUACGGUCGAUUAUAGAUUUGAAACAGUUUCACAUUUUUUUCAUGAUAGAAAAACACUUUAAAAUGAUGAGUGCAACAAUUGUCUUUAAGGUAGUUAUCUUGUGACAAUAUUUUUUAAAAGUUACACAUAAUUUAAGGAAAAACUUGAGUAAGUUAACUCAAAUGUCUGAUAAUGUAGUUUAAAAUGUAAAAUUGCAAUAUAUUUUUGAUAAUAAAUAUCAAACAAGUUUUCGCAAAGAAAUAUAGUAAACUUUUGGUUGCGUCUAUUCAUUGAUGCAUAUAAUAUUUCCACGCUAUUCAUAUUUUCACUAUUUAACUUCUUUACGUCAAGCAUAUUAUAAAAAUUGUUUUCUCUUUAUCUACAAAUAUUAUUUAAAAACUUU